GGCGAAUCAACCAAUUAUGGGAUUUGGCUCUAAAAAGUGCUGGUAUUGUUUUGAACGGCCAGUGCGCUCAAAACCCACAGACUUCCAGAUAGAACCAACCACCUCACUCACCUUCUUUGAAUCGACGUCAUUCCCGUACAUAUCGCCACUUACAACCAGCAUCAUAAGCACCUGAACAUUUUCUCAACUAGUCCAAAGUGGUGUCGCUUGUUGACCUCUCGCAGCUUAUCGCUAUCUGAGCACAGAAAAAUCGUAUUUAUAUAGGAUUAAGGCUCAGUCAACCACUCCUCUCUUCCCAACAUCCCAUCAAAAACAAAAAAAAACAUAUAGCACCAUCUCACUAUCUCCAUACUACAACAGUCAUUCCAGUAGAAUAAUUGGAAAACAGUCAGCCCGCCAUCAUGACCAAGAAGCAUACGAGCACUAUCAAAAAUGGCUCCGGCUGCGCGGAACACGCCGAUCAACCGGAGCACAAGGAAAUCGAUAUCCUUGUUGACCGCUUCCUCGAAUAUAAAUCUAUCACCAAAGGGUUCAUAGCAUACUAUGAAGGCCUUGCCAAACUAGAAACUUCCACGGCCGCCGAACUUCAGAAAAUUGGCGGUCAUUUGCCAGUUCCGUUACGGGAGGGGAAUCAAUUUUUAGCGGAGGGCGCCGGCGGUUGGCAGACCAUCCUGUUCAACACUCGUGAACGAACCCGAGCGAUUUCGGAUCAUCACACCGCUUUUGCCCAAUCCAUCACGCAGAGCACCUUACACGAUCUUAACAAGAUCAAGGCCGAUGUCAAGGAGCUUAUUGCAGAGCUCGGAGCGAAGCCUACUCAACUUGCCACAGAAGUCGGUAAGAGUCGCGCAGAAUCCACCGAGGUGAUCACCCAUCUUUCAAAGUCCAUAGCCCAGUCAAAAACCAAUCCAAUGGCUUUGGUGGCUCACGACGAUCCAGUCCUCUUACACCGACAAGUGGAAGAACAAGUCAAGCAACAAAUGAAUCUCGAGAAUUCUUUGACUCGCAUGAUUAUCGAGUACCAGAAGAAAGGACUUGAGCUCGAAAAGCGCGUGAAUAUUGACAUCCAAGCGGUGGUAAAGGACUUUGAGUCCGCACGACUCAAUGCCGAGAAGUCGAUCUCUAAUGAAUGGCAAACGAUUCAUGCUGGUGUCACGGGACUAAACCCCGAGCUUGAGUGGACUGAAUUCGCCCAACGAAGCGGUCAUCUCGUUCCUGAAGAUAUUGAAAUGCGUGAUCUUGAAAAAAUCACUUUCCCUGGGCAUAACGAAGAACUUACUAGUCCGAUUAAUGUCGGCCUACUCGAGCGAAAGAAGAGAUUCACGCGGAACUACAAAGAGGGGUAUUAUGUUCUUACACCUUCCGGUUAUCUUCAUGAAUUCAAGACUUCCGACCCUACAAAGCACAGCGAACCGGAGAUGUCUAUAUUCUUACCUAAUUGUACGCUUGGUGCACCGGCACCACCGGAAGCCAAGACGUUCAAAUGGCACAUCGAGGGUGCCAGACGCACGAGCGGUGGUCACAACACUGGAAGUCUUAACAAGAUGAAGAAAUCUUUGCACAUAGGAAGCAAAGAAGUCGCCUUCAGUUUCAAAUCGCGCACCCAUGCAGAGAUGAUGCACUGGUGGGAGCUGAUGCAGAAAGUUGCGCAACAUUCAGUAACCCUUACGGACAAAACCCCAGAUACUGGCCCUCAAACUGUAACGCACCGCGCAGGUACAAGCCACGAAGAAGAAGCUGGCGGAUCGUCUGAUGAAGAAGGGUCGGCACUCAGUCCAGAUGAUCAUUCGCCCGGGCCGAUCACACCUCAUGUAAUCUCAAACAGUCAACCGGUUGUUGUAACCCCAACUAAGCAAACUCUCGAAAACCUUCCAGAGUACAAAGGAGACAACCGUGGCUUGGAUGUUUUGAAAGAAAGUCCCAACCCACGCCCAUUUGGACAAGAUACUAAACCUCUUGUUCCUCAGUAGUUCGUUUUCCUUCAAGCAUCUGUAUCUGCAAGUAUAUACCAAUAAUCAGGGCUUCCGAUUUUGCGAUUGAAUGCAAUCCACGUCGCCUUGACAAGUUUAUCAAAUCUCUACAGCUGUUGCUCUUAACGCAAUCAAUCUCGCAAGAACAAACCGUCUUAUUCAGGAUUUCCAACUCCACAAUCAAGUUAUCAAUCAAACCAAAUUAACCAAACUUGUUUCGACUUUCAUUCAAACACAUUUCUCCUGGAAGCGCACCAACAACAAUCUUCUACUCUCCAGAAAUUAAUCGAUAUUGCGCUUUACAUGGUGAAACCCAUCUUCUUACUUAACACAAAGCUUGUAAUUUUAUCCCUAUUUUAUUAAUUUGUUGGCCAUGAAAUUCCAGAACAUUGUUCGAACAAUAUA